UGCCACCAUUGCGCUUACUUUCACCACAAGGGCCCUCCGGCCUCAAUUUGCGUGUGUCUUUGUGUGUCGUUCGCUGGUGAACGCUUCUACGUCACGAUGAAGAACAAGCGAAAGCGCGCGGAGCCAGUGAUCGAGCAAGUUGAUGAGGCACAGGAGGUGGCCGAGUUGGAGGCCCAGGUCGUCGCCACCGCACCUGCUCGUGGAACGCAACCUUUUACGGAGUCCACUGGCGAUCGGCAGCCGUUCACUGCCUUGCCCCUCUCGCAGCGAACGAUACGAGGUCUGACUGGCGGAGGGUUCAAAACCAUGACUGAAAUACAGGUAGCAGCCAUUCCGCAUGCUCUGGCCGGACGGGAUGUGCUGGGGGCAGCGAAGACCGGGUCCGGCAAGACGCUGGCGUUUCUGGUUCCGCUCGUGGAAAAGCUUUAUCGCAGCCGCAUCACGUAUGGGGAUGGCCUAGCAGCCUUGGUGAUUUCCCCUACGAGGGAACUGUCCCUCCAAAUCUUCGAGGUGCUGCGCGAGUUUGGGAAGCACCAUCAGCUGUCGGCAGGGUUGAUCACCGGAGGCAAGAAGGAGUUCCGCGAGGAGCAGGCGUCUGUUAUCAAGAUGAAUAUCCUCGUGGCAACCCCGGGGCGUUUGCUCCAGCACCUGGAGCAGACACCAGGCUUCGACCCCUCCUUGUUGCAGGUGUUGGUAUUAGACGAGGCUGACAGGAUAUUGGACAUGGGCUUCCGAGACCAGCUGAACAGCAUUCUAGAGUACCUGCCGCCCUCUCGACAAACGAUGCUCUUCAGCGCCACGCAGACGAAGUCCAUCAAGGACCUGGCUAGGUUGUCCCUCAGAAAGGGCAACGUAGAGUACGUGGCCGUCCGUGCUGGUAAGGACGAGUGCGCGACGCCGGCCAAGCUUGUCCAAAACUACGUCGUGUGCCGAUUAGACAAGAAGCUUGACGUUCUGCUGGGCUUCUUCAAGACCCACCUCAAGAGCAAAAUGAUCGUGUUCUUCACCUCCUGCGCUCAGGUUCGAUUUGCAUUCGAGCUCCUGUGCGCCUUGCAGCCAGGGAUGCCAGUUAUGGCCCUUCACGGGAAGUGCAAGCACGCGCGGCGGACGCAGAUCUACCUCGACUUCGUGCGGAGACCAGGGGCGGUUUUGCUGGCGACUGAUAUCGCUGCGAGAGGGCUCGACUUCCCGUCUGUGGAUUGGGUCAUUCAGGUCGACGCUCCGGAGGAUGCGGAGGGGUACAUCCACCGUGUAGGGCGGACUGCACGUUACAACAGUGGCGGUCGCGCUCUGUUGAUGAUGCUGCCGUCUGAGGAGGAAGGGGUGCUGGCCGGGCUCAAACCCAAGAACAUUCCCAUCAAGAAGCUCACCAUCAAUCCCGAGAAGGUGCGCAUGGCGGGUUCAGUCGGCAAGAAAGCGUCGGCGCUUGUGGCGUCUGAUCCAGACAAGAAGCGACUCGCGCAGAAGUCCUUCACGUCUUACGUCAGGGCCGUGCAGCUCAUGCCUAACAAGCAGGCCUUCCGUCUGUCGGAACUCCCCUUGGAGGAGUACGCGUUUUCGCUUGGCCUGGCGGCCGCACCACGAGUUCCGGGUCUAGAGAAAGCGCUUGUAAACGGGUCUUCGGGCAAGGGCGGCGAGCACAAGGAAGGUGGCCCGGGAGAUGCGGGAGGAGGGGCGGAGAACGAGAAACAGCGGGAGGAGGCCCGAGCAAAGAAGAACGUGAAUCGAUCGCUGCAGCGUCUGAAGGAACAAAUCAAGGCGGACAAGCUUCGAAAACGUCUGGAGCGCGAAGGCAAGCUCGAGGAGGCAUCGAAGGCCAGGUUGGAACCUCGAAAAAGGAAAGCCCGGGCGGUCACAGGAACAGCCACCAGUGACGGCAGCAGCAGCGAUCGCGAAGACUCGGAUAGCUCAGAGGCAGACGGCGGUCUUGUCCUCGUGCAAAAGGAGCGCUCGGAAGGCGUCGGGAGUGGGGCGAGGCCGGAGGAGGAUGGUGGUGCCGAGGAGCUCCCGCGGAAAAGAAAGAAGAUGAGGAUCACAAGCGACGGUGUUGCUGCGGCAGGUGUUGCAACGAAGAAGGUCUUCGACGAGGACGGUGCUGCCGUGGAUGUGAUCUCGCCGCUACAGGCUUUCGCGAAGGAGACUGGUGUCCCCACAGUUAGUGCAUCCAGCGCCAGUGAUGCCGCUAGUUUGCCCGCAGCCAGCGAAGCAUACGUGAAGCGGAUCAAGGCGAGACUGGAAGCUGUCGACGGGGAAGACAAGGAGCGCGACCGAGAGCGCGUCCGAGAGAAGCACCUCAAGCGCCGGCUGAAGGAUAAGGACACGGAAGAGGAAGGUUUGGCGGAAGCCCCGACCCUCGGCAGUGGCUCGUUCUCUGACGGCGAUGCUGACAGCGACAGCGAAAGCACAGGGGGCUUUGAUGCUAGCGAAGAUGAUGGCGAGGGGUCAGAAUCUAGUGAAGACGGCGACGACGAGGGCGUAGGAAGCGAUUCGUCCGAUGGGGAAGAGAUGCCAGAACAGAGAGCACCGAAGGGUCAUGGGAAGGGCUCGAGGGCGUCCAAGGGUUCAACCGAACGCAGUUUAGAGGAGCAAGAAGACGAGGUCCUUGCUGUGCUUGCUGCGAGGCAGAGGACGUAAACGUGCUGUCUGUGUGGUGUUGAACUACGGUCGCUGGAACCGUGGCAAUGGGUUUGAUGUGCACCGGUGUAUCCGUGUCGGGUGCUGGGGCAGGGCGGAAUCGAAUGCCGUCCUCAGGCGUUUUCAUGGGCCAGGCCAAGGAAUGGACAAUAUGAUAGGCUGUGACCACACAACUACAUUUCUGCCUUCGGGGGGUAAGCGGUUCGCAAGAUACUGUACGGAGGUACCGACUUUUCCUGUAACAAAAACACCAUCCACAACAACAGAGCGUGCUAAACAUGGACCUUGACCAUCUUCGGAGAUGAUUGGGCUGUCCGGUCCAGUCCGAUCCGUUCGUGGGCGGGAGACAGCUUGAGUCGAAGUCCCACUCGCGUCUGUAAGCAGGUUUCUUGAACGGUUAAUCAAUGUUUCCCGGCUGCAUGACUGCUAACUGCUUACGCCAGCCGGUGAUUACGUGUCGCUCUAUUGUGUCAAUGCUUCAAGCAAAGAUGGACGGCGUCUAUCUGUUGUUUCCAGGCGUGUGCGUGUUGUGUCCGUCGCAUCUAUUCUGGCGACAGUCUAAACGCCGGUCGGUGAUGUUUCUUGCAUCAUCUGUCUAGUCUAAUAGAGGGGGUCACAAAGGAACUUUUUUUUGCCCCACCUUUUUUCUUUCACUCCUCAGUGUGAGUCCCUCUGCUCGGUGUUUGUCGCGACAAGGGUUGACGAACCAAGUUGGAUGAACCGUCCCUUUCCCUUGUCCUAACUAGCUUCCCACUGCAUAUUGAAAAGUUUGGUCACCACGGAAAAAUGGUAGACGCAGCAGGAACUCUGCAACCCCCGACCACGUACUGCCCAUCUGCCGCCUCUUUGUCCUGUUUACUCCGUUACUCCCAUGCCCUGGUGCGUAGUGCCUGGUUCUGGCUCAACAAAUCAGUUUGGUAGCUGUCUUGUGUGUCUCAUAUAUGUUAUGUUGGGAAGGUGCAGACGAGAGGUGUUGGGUACUAUUGAAAUAAGUCGAAGAUAGAUUAGCAAUGGAUCCAUAGCGUGAGCGAAAGGCUACCUGUAUGUCUACGGUUUCCCAGACAGCAUACAACGAUAUCUCCCCUUUGGGUAACAGGCUCAUUCCUUUCUUCCCCUCGCUGCCUCGGCAAGGUUUUGCGCAGGCAUGACCCAUGGCGAGGGGGGGGGUCUUUCUAGCGAGCAGGACUAGACUCACCCUCAGGGGACCGAUACCUUCUUGCUGCGGCGCACCCGCCGCGAGGCGUGCGUAGUGGUGGAGUUGGGUCGGCACUGGUGCGUCAGGUGGUGACGAACUGGUUGGGCUGGUUGACCCUUCGGCGCGAGAAUCUUCAGACCGAGAACCCGAAGUGCAACGAGGGAGUAAACCGACAGGGAAGGACAGCCACGAGAGCGUGUACGAAGCGGAACGGGUCGAGUUUGGUCGUGCUAGGACUGGCCACAGCGGCGCCGGAGCAGCGGCACCGGAGCAGCGGACGGCAUCGAACCGUGGCGCACGGACAAACAUCUCUUGUGUUGUCAAGUAUUUUUCCGUUUUUUUCCUGAGUAGUCAUGGACCACAGGGUGUGUGUGACGACGUCACUGGUUUUGUAGAGAGACGCGGCAGAGAUGGCGCGGAUAACCCGGGUGCCUUAAUUGUGUACCUGCAUCGUGGAAGACCCCUUCAAUGUGGAACGAUUCCUGGUCAGUGUCGAUGUUUACACUGCUGUGCCUAACACAGAUGAUCUGGAUAGAUUCGGGUGAUUGUCAAUUGUAAUGAUGGCUUUGGUUGGGCGUUCUUCUUCAUUGUAUGUCCACGGGCUCAUUCUGACAGCACUUCAGACAGCAGCUGCAUGCCCCGAGCUCGUGUACCAUGCACCAUGGUGUUAUUAUUGUACAGACAGCACUUCAGACAGCAGUACGCUGUUGUAGUCGACAAACAUUCAUUUUUGUUAGAUAGAUGCGGGACAAGGGGGGUGAUGCUGCUGCUGUAGUCGAAUUGUAGUGUGUGGGCGUGUAGUUCAGUUGUGAGCACGCAAACGUGCUGCAGGGAUUGCAGGUGUACCUCCUCGGGCUUGCGUACCCUUUCCUUGCUAAUAGUGUGUGUGUUCUUUAGAUCUUCUGAUGGCUCUAGAAUUUUUGUGACCACGGACCGAGUCUUUGCUAGAUUUUGGGAUUAGCAACUGACACGAGUUCAAUGUGAAGAAAACAACA